UCCAAAAUUGAUCCAGGAUGUGUGAGGUGCACUAUUGGAUCGGUGCCCUGUAAGUCAGAGAAUAAAACAUAAAAAUGAAAAUGAAAUAUCACUUAGGGAAAUUCCGCUGCACCUUCUUUGUACCUGGAAAGAAAAUCGACUGUUUCUUUUCUAAAACUUUGUUGGGUGUCAAAUCAGAAAAUCUGGUAAAGACGAGCGGCCUCGGGUUCCAAAAUCUCUUUUAAGAAUAUCUACAUUUUUUAACCAACCGUUGUAAGGCGGCAGAUCGGCGUGACCAGUGACCUCACGUAAUUGAUCAGACGCGCCUAAUGAGCCGCGCAAGGCGGAUUUCACGGCACGCACUUCUAAAUCCACUGUGACUUCGUGUUUCACCCGGUCACGGAAAAGUAAAUUCAUAUCAACUGAAAAUGAACACGCGACAAGCACAAAUCUGUUGCAGGUUUGGUAAAACAAGCGUACGACUUCUGUUUUUCAAGGCUUUAUUAGCCGGAAUGGGCUUCCAUCUCAUCAUCGGCGAACUCCCGAGUGUUACGGACGCAGAGACAGAGGUGGCAUCUUGCAGCGCCAUUUCACUUUGCUGGGUAAUUUCAUCUCCCAGGAGCAUCAUUGGUCUCAGUCAAGUUAAGGUUUUGCUUGAUGGCAAUGAGUUUAUGACUACACAUCAGAGGCGCCGGGCAGGUUCUUUGCAGCUUAUGCUGAAUGCUAAAUACAUGUUAUCAUAUGAAAAAGGACGCAAGAGGGACGUCUACAGCAUUUCUGCCUCCUGCCCACCAACUGUGAGGAAUGUUUUGCAGCGCACUCAAGUUAAUAGAGUUCAUCCUUCCAACAGAACAUCUGAACUUCUAAAACAAAUAUAUGAAGAUGGUCAUAUCAAUGUGUGUGAAAAGGAACCUGUUUAUGUGGUAGAUGAGAGAGACAUGAUAUUACUUGUUGGUUACACGGAGCGAUUUCCAGUAAAGUUAGAAGCUCGAACCUUUUCCACAUUACUGCUUUCCUGGAAGGGCUCUUACUCCGCAGAUGAACAUUACCUUCACAGCAUCUUACUCCUUGAUGUCAGAAAUAUCCUUCUAUGGGAGAACACAACUGACAAAACCUCCUAUGAAAUUGUGGGCCUGAUGCCAUGCCAUAAGUACAGAGUUUGUGUUUCUUUGGCUAAUUAUCCAUCCAUUAUAUGUUUAACAACCCUAACAGAUCCAGAGAAGCCAACAAAUUUCAGCAUAAUUCGCUCAGAAUCAAGCAGUAUUAUAGUUUACUGGGAUGGUCCACUCCACGGAGGUUUUUCAUGGUUUAAUUUGACUGUCCUCCUCUACAACCCCUCUUUGGAUAUUUUUGUGCCUAUGGAGCAGCCCUUUGAAUACCCAGAUCACAGCAUGGAGGUCAAAGUUGAUAACCUACCUCCAUGCAGCAAGGUGCGCUUCAACCUUGAAACGAUCUGUGAUGCAGGAGAGAUAACGCACAGUGAGAAGAUCUAUUUAGAUGGCAGCACAGGUGCAUCUGAAUUAGACACCUUGAGGCAGACUUCAGCUACCAGUGGAAGCUUUACCUUACAAUGGACUGCAAAAAGUCCUCAUUCUCAAAUUAUAUAUAGAGUUUACAGCAAUAAUGUACUGAAAAGGUCAACCAAUCAGACCUUCUACACUGUGACAAACCUGACGCCUUGUUCAACAUACACGGCACGAGUGGAAGCUUUUUGCCGGACUGGUGAGACGACUGAAAAUUCUAUUGAAGCUUGGACAGGUCCCGGUGCUGUCUCACACUUGUAUUUCGACCAGCUGCAAGCAAAAGCUUUCUGGAAGACUCGGUCUGGACCAAGAGUCACCUUUCGUUUCCGGCUGUUUGAUGACAUGCAUAAUAUAGUAAAGAAUGGCUCUCGGAACCACCCACAGCUAUAUCUUCACAAUUUAAGGCCUGGAUCUUUCUAUGAACUGGAAGUGCAAGAGACAUGUUUUAAAUUGGAGGGCCACUCCAGUUUUCUAGAAUUCCACACUGAAGAAACUGAUCCAAGUUUGUUUGAAGAUGAUCAGAAGCAUGUGUCACUUGAACCAUCAUUUUCCCUGAUGCUACCAUGGGCUUUACCAGACUACCUUCAAGAGGCCUCUUCAAAAUCCAGAGAACUUUUUGAAAAAUAUACUGAAAAGCAACUAGAGAACAUAUUCAGCAGUUACAAAAAUGCAAGCAGAGUGGACAUUAACUUGGAGGACUUUACCAAAAGAGAGGACAAAACGGAGAUUAAUUUUCAAGUUCGCGUAUUUUUUGAUAAUGCAAGCUCCAUUUUAUCUGAUGUCGAAGAAUGGGAACACAUUAAAUCUUUAAACCUCCCAUAUAUUUCAGAUUUGAAAAAUGGCACUCUUUACUGGAAUGACACUGAUGAGUGUGCAUCUUUCCAGCUUAAUAAUUGUGAUGACAAUUCUCACUGCAUCAAUACACUGGACUCGUUUGCUUGUGUCUGUCAGGAUGGAUUCUAUGGUGUCAAAGAUCCAACCAAGCCAGAUGAGAAAGAGAUUUGUGAUGGAAGUGGGAUGUAUGUUCACUGUGAACUAGACCUCAUGAAAGUUGCAGUUUCUAAAGAGUUUGUAAGGGAGCAUGUGACUGAGGAUGCCAGCCUUAUGUUGAAUGAUGGCAGCUGCCCUCUACAAGAAGCUGAGAAAUAUUUCUUUUUUAUUGUCCAGGAAACCGACACAUACUGUGGGGCCUUAAUCAAGGUCCUACUCCAAGGGAAAUGA